AUGGCUGAUGCUCAGAUAGACGAGAUACACUAUCCUACAGGCUCUUUAAGCUCUGUAGAAAAACAGAUAUUAGAUGAAUACAAGAAACUUGCGGAGAAACUUUCGACAUUAAAGCAUGAGUUAACGGAACUAAAUAAUAAAAUUGAUUUACAAAAGGCUAUUGAUAGUGCAACACGAGCAACAACUACGACAGAUGAAAAGCAAGAGGAGGCAAAAAAAGACUUUAUAGUACAAUUACGCGCGUUAGAACAAACGCUAUCAAUGUUUGGAACACUUUUCAAGUCUAGUGUUUACAAGAUUUUUAUCAAUAACGAGGAAAACAUAGAGAAUGGCGGUCUUCAUAAUGGAGACACAGAAAACCAAUUAUAA